UCCGCCUGAGCCACAGACUUCCUGGUCCGCGGGCCGAGGACAGCCAGGACUGACAGGGUUGCAAACCCCAGAGCCAUGGGGAAGGCGCGGGAUGCCAUCCUGGAUGCGCUUGAAAACCUGUCUUCGGAUGAGUUCAGAAGGUUCAAGAUGAAGCUGCUGUCGGUGCCACUGCGCGAUGGCUACGGACGCAUCCCACGGGGGGCCCUGCUGCAGAUGGAUGCCAUAGACCUCAGUGACAAGCUCGUCAGCUACUAUCUGGAGGCAUAUGCCGCGGAGCUCACAAUGACUGUGCUUAAAGAAUUGGGCCUGCAGGAAGGAGCAGAGAGUCUGCAACUGGCCAUUCGCAAGGAGGUUGGAUCUGUGGCAGCUGCCCCACCACAGAUGGCAGGCAGAGCAGUACCACACUUUGUGGACCAGCACCGGCAAGCACUCAUCGCCCGGGUCACAGACAUUGAUGGGGUGCUGGAUGCCCUGUAUGGCAAGGUGCUAACUGAGGAACAGUACCAGGCAGUGCGUGCAGAGACCACCAAUCCAAACAAGAUGAGGAAGCUCUUCAGCUUUGCUCCAGCCUGGAACCCGACCUGUAAGGACCUGCUCCUCAAGGCCCUGAAGGACACCCAACCCUUCCUGGUGGCUGACCUGGAGCAGAGUUGAGAUGUCUUCUCCAACAACAGCCCCCAUAUACAAUUUAUGAAAAAAAAAAAAAGUUUGUACUUUUAUGUUCUUCCUACCCUGUCUGUACAUGAAGGCAUUU